UACGAUUAGCGAUAUGUGUUACAUUCGUUAAGAUUAUCCCGUGUUUUCGAGUCGCGAGUAACAACUUGUCACUCGUAUGACGGAAAGUUUCUUAUGCCAGCGAUGCCGACCGACACCUGCGAGACACGGUCGUAUCCCGUGGCACCACAUCCACCAACAGGUUUUGUUCCGGCCCCAGCUCAACCUGCUACUUAUGGUGUUGCAGGUGCAGCACCAUAUGGAGUAUUUCCAAAUCAGCCUCAAUUAUAUGCAGCACAAGGACCACCGCAGCCAACAUAUGAUCAGACUCUCACACAUCCCAUGAUGUAUCAACCAAUGUAUGGCCAAGGUUAUCCUGGUGGAUAUUUAGCAGGUUAUCCUACUGCAUAUGGUCCAUUGCAAUACUAUCCACCAUUAGCUGCGGCUGCAGCAUAUUAUCCAGCAGCUGCAAUGCAACCUGCACCAGUUAGGCCCACGAUUAUGGUACCUAAUGGAUUUGAUGGCACUCGAUUCGAUGGUAUCUCACAGCCCGUUUUACCACCACCACCACCAGGCGUUGCUGCGAAUGCUGCACAAUUAGCUGCAAUGGCUGGUCAUAGUGUGGCCUUGUCGCAAAAGAAAGGCUCGUUCCUAGGAGGAGGAACGGAGGGCGGUUACACCUUUUGGUAAACCUCUAUAACUUUUGUGAAACACUAAGUCUAUCGAAGACAUAAUUGUCAAGAUGAUCCAUGUAGGCAAAUCUGAUUUGUGUUAGAGCUCUAAACUAUUUUCUCAUUGGGAGCAGCUAUGAACUUAGUAUACUAAUUACACGGACCGAUUGUAUGCAAUAAUUUAACGCGAGUAGAGAAAAAUACUUUAACGAGAAGCAAAUUAAACAUCCAUUAAUUAUUAAUAUACAAAUUGCGUAUUGUUGUGAUUGUGAUCUCAGAGUAAUCGUCAACGAUCGAUCCGUGUACUGUAUAAAAAUUACAGUAAAAUUAAUUAAAUACUAUAUAAAAGGGAAAACUCGUGCGAAAUUCGACACAGAUAAUAAGAGAGACAGACAAAUCACUAUGAGAUUUUUAAUAUUUAAUAUUUAAUAUUUAAUAUUAAAAAUCGAUGAAAAAAAAUUAAACUCUGAUAUAUUUUACAAAAUAUUUCUACAUUAUUACUUUGAUUUGCUAUUCAAAAUGACCUAAACUUAUAUAAUUAUUAAUACUAAAUAAUCAAUGAAACGAUGCGUCGUUGAAAAAUUUGACAUGAAAAACGAUCGAGCAAAAUAUUAUGACAUUUUACUUUGAAAUCUUAUCUCAUAAAGAGAAUAUUAAAAAAAAAAAAAACAAAAACAAAAAAAAAGAAGAAGACGCACAUGUUAAACUAUGUGAAACACGCUUUAAAAAAAA